AUGGAGCCGGCUGAGCGAAUCGAGUCCGGGACGGCGCUGGGGAAGCGGCCGAGGAGCAGGGUGCUGCCGCGGACAGCCAGUUUGGUGACGUUGCCAUCGGCGGCAAAGCAGGGGCGCCAGGAGCGGGUGGGCGCCGGCGUGCCGGCGUCGUCCUCAGUGCCCGUUGGCGGCGUCGGCAUGGGAGCCGGAGCCGCCGGCGGCGGCGCCGUGCCGGGUUACUACUACGGCGGCUCAUUCGCCGCGGUGGAGACGGCGGUCUUCCUGAAGGCGUGCGGCCUCUGCAACCGCCGCCUCGGACCCGGCCACGACACCUUCAUCUACAGGGGCGAGGUGGCAUUCUGUAGUCAGGAGUGCCGAGAGAAGCAGAUCGAGUACGAUGAGCGCAUGGAACAGACCUGCUCCCUGACCUCCAUCAAGGAGGCCCCGUCCGUGUCCGGCGCCAGCGGCUCCGACCAGUCCGGCAGCGGCGGGGAGACCGUGGCCGCCGCCUAG